AGUAAGUCGCCGCUUCAAAAAAACCUCAACACGAUCACGCGUUACACGAGUACAUAAAUAACAGUCGUCGUGCAUUAAACCCUGCAUUGCUUCUAAAUGGGGUGGCAAGUCGGUAGACUAAAGAUCUACACAAAGACGGAGAAGGUGCUACUGUUAUUCGCGGUGUUUUUUGCGUUGGUCGCUUUGAUAUUGCUGAUUGUCGUACUCGGCAGGACCAACAACGGCGAACUAUGCACGUCAGCUUCUUGCAUCCGCUCAGCCCGACACAUCAUCGAAAUGGUCGACCCUAAAGCCGACCCCUGCGAUGAUUUUUAUCAAUUCGCAUGCGGUACUUUCAUCUCCAACUCCAUAUCGCACGGGGAAGCUUCGAUCGUCAACGACAUGAAAGAACUAACCGACACCCAAAUCGAAAACCUCAUCAGUCAAGACAUCGAAGACGAUCAGUAUCUACCGAAGUCUUUCAGAUACCAACGAAAGUUUUACAGAAUGUGCAUGAAUACGACCGCCAUCGAAGAAGAAAAAGAUCGCACAUUUCUGGAUACCCUAGAAGAACUGAUAGGGGGAUGGCCGUUGGCCAAAGGACACGCGAUGCAGUUCAGUUGGUCGGAAGCUAUGGUGAACGCGAGGAAGAUGGGGCUCAAGUUCAACUACUUUUUGGGGGUCAGGGUCCAGCCGAUGCCCAAAGAGAACCAAGUAUAUUUGAAGCUCGGUCCCCCACCCAAAUGUAACUUUGACGAGGACGUCUGGAAAGAAGAAAACAUCCCCUUGUUCUUAGAGAUGGCAUCUGAGUGGGGAUCGCCUUCUCCCAGCGCCCGAACCGAAAUGCUCAAAACAAUAGAGUUCUACAAGGAGUUUAAGAAGAUAGUCGAUAAAGCGUACAACGCGACCAAGGACAUCAAGCCCGAGCACAAAAAGUCCACUAUCGCCAGGUUGAAGCACCUGCAGCUCAUCAGGUUGCCUUGGCUCCAAUUCCUUAGAGACAUUACAGGUUUUGAACACCUUAAGGAGGAAGACACCAUUAUUGUGGACAUUACGCAGGAAUACCUCACGGACUUGUACUACCUCUUGCUGAGGACCGAACACAAGUUCGUGUCGAACUAUAUAGCAACGCUUCUCAUACUGGAAGACUACGGGUUCCUCACGAAGAAGAUAGCCAGGCUAGGCAUGAAAAUCGAAGACAGGCCCGAUUAUAAGAAUCGGAGGGAGUAUUGCUUAAGCAAGACGAAAACUACAUUCGACAGCGUUGCCGACGCGUUGUACGUGAGGAAAUUCGUCAACGGCGACAACAAAAUGGCAGUUGAAGAGAUGGUGAAAAGUAUAAGAAGAGAAUUGGAAGUGGGGCUAGAGGGUAACGAGUGGAUGGACUCCGUCACCAAAGUGGAGGCCAAGAAAUUCUUGGAAAAUGUCACAGCGCACGUAGGCUGGACGGACUUGGUGUACAACGAAGAAAGGACUGAGCAAUACUUUGGAUACCACAAGUUGCACUUGGAGUUUACCAACAUCACUUCGGUGAAUAAACAAAUGAUGAGGUUCCGAACAGAUAUGUAUUACGAAAUGAACGUGGGAACUUUUGAAGAUCAGCUCUCAGCCUUCGUUCACAGCCCUUAUACAGACGUUAAUGCGUUUUACCUCAAGUUCUACAAUAUCCUCAUUUUAGCCGCUCCACUGCUGCAGCCUCCGAUCUUCGACAGAGACGCUCCUAAGUACAUAAACUAUGGGGCCCUGGGUAGCAUAAUAGGACACGAGUUGACUCACGCUUUCAGCGAAGAGCAGAGCGAAUACACCGAGUAUUUCGGCAAAGAUCGGAGCUUUUGGACAAACGACACGUCGGACAUGUACGAGGAGGCUAGCAGAUGUAUAGUGGAGGAAGUGGAAAGCUAUGACAAGCAUGUCGAAGGGUUUAGCGACAACGCGACGAUAACAUGGGAAGAAAACGUUGCGGACUUGACCGGAAUCAACCUCGCGUACACGGCGUACCAAAAGUGGGUACUAUCCAACGGCUUGGAACCCAAUUUACCAGGGGUCCCUUUCUCGCCCAACCAAAUGUUUUGGAUCAUGGCUAGCACGUAUCUGUGCUACGAUCCCAAAGCAGGGGGUGCGAAGCAUUUUGCAGACUUGUCGCAUUCAAGCCCCAGGUUCAGGGUGAUCAGCGCUAUCAAAAACUCGCCCCAUUUCGCCAAAGAUUACGAGUGCGCGACAGGUAGAGAAAUGAACCCGACGCAGAAAUGUAGGAUAUUCGCGUGAUGACGUAGUAAAUUAUUUUUUCGAAA